CGGCACGGCACGACAACCUCGCGAACCUCCCUUCGCUGAACGCCAACAUGGCGCCGUCAAACAGUCGACAGCGAGCUGACCAGCAAGGCGACGCGCUCGACGAGAUGGAGGUGCCUUCAGUAAUGGUGCAGCAGGCUGCGGCAGCCGUCGCUGGUGAGAACGACCAGACGAACCUGGAUGACCACGCACGCCGACACAUGGGCCGAGACGUACCCAUCCAGCACACCGAUUCCCGAGAGUCCAACCCAAGCGGAUACGAUGUGCCUCCACCAGCAUAUGGGGAGCAGUAUGGUGUAGUCGAGCAAGAGCAAGACGGCUUUGGCACGAAGGCUAGCAUAGCGGAUGAUGGACGUGUCAAUAUCCGCAUCGACCAGCGCAAUCGAAAACUCUCGCAGCUGUUGGUGCCGAGUCUGAAGCAGUUACAAGCCGCAGCAGAUCAGCAACAUGCUCCACCACCGCCCUACAUCCCACCUUUCCUGGGCGGUGAUGAGGGCCAGGCACCUCCUCCACCGAUGAAUGUGGUUAUACAAGUCGUCGGGUCGCGUGGAGAUGUACAGCCAUUCGUAGCAUUGGGCAAAGUGUUGAAAGAGACAUAUGGACACCGCGUUCGGCUUGCGACUCAUCCAAAUUUCAAGGACUUUGUGACUGAAAACGGCCUGGAGUUCUUCAGUAUUGGCGGCGAUCCACAAGCUCUCAUGGCCUUCAUGGUCAAGAACCCUGGUCUGAUGCCUGGCUUUGACGCGCUGAGAACGGGUGAUAUCGGCAAGAGACGAAAGGAAGUGGGAGAAUAUCUCAGGGGGUGUUGGAGGUCGUGUUUCGAGAGUGGCAAUGGAUUCGGACCGCAGGCAAAGGACGACACGGUGGAAGACUGGACAUCUCAUGCACCAAGCGAGGACGAUUACAUCCACAAGCCUUUCGUAGCAGACUGCAUCAUUGCGAACCCUCCCUCCUUUGCUCACAUCCAUUGUGCCGAAAAGCUGGGCAUACCGCUUCACAUUAUGUUCACCAUGCCGUGGUCACCAACCCAGGCAUUUCCUCAUCCACUUGCAAACAUUCAAUCCUCCAAUGUCGACGCUAAUCUCACCAAUUACAUCACAUAUGCCCUCGUCGAUAUGCUCACGUGGCAAGGUUUAGGCGAUAUCAUCAAUCACUUUCGGGAACGGAGUCUCGGCUUGGAUAGUAUCAGCUUAAUGUGGGCGCCCGGUAUGCUCCAGCGACUGCGUAUACCACAUACAUACUGCUGGUCCCCGGCGCUGAUUCCCAAGCCGCGGGAUUGGGGAGCGAACAUAAGUCUCUCUGGCUUCUUCUUCCUUGAUCUUGCGACAAAUUACACUCCAGAUCCUGGGCUGAAGGCCUUCCUGGACGCAGGUCCACCACCCGUGUACAUCGGCUUUGGCUCAAUCGUCUUGGAUGACCCAACAGCGAUGACGAAGCUGAUAUUUGACGCGGUCGCACAGACUGGACAGCGAGCACUCGUGUCCAAAGGCUGGGGCGGCGUGGGUGCUGAUGAACUUGGAAAGCCGGACAGUGUGUACAUGUUGGGCAAUGUUCCCCAUGACUGGCUGUUCAAGCAAGUAUCUUGCGUGGUGCAUCAUGGUGGAGCAGGAACCACGGCAGCAGGAAUCACGGCGGGACGUCCUACGUUAGUGGUACCGUUCUUCGGUGACCAGCAGUUUUGGGGGUCGAUGGUGGCACGAGCGGGCGCAGGACCGAAUCCCAUACCUAACAAACAAUUGACAUCUGACAAUCUUGCUGCAGGUAUACUCAAGUGUCUCGAGCCGGAAACUCAAGAGCGAGCCCAGGAGUUAGCAUCAAGCAUCGCUUCAGAGAAAGGCAGUCAUGUUGGUGCUCAAAGCUUCCACCAGUUCUUGGACGUUGACAAGCUUCGUUGCAGCCUGGCGCCGUCACGAGCUGCGGUGUGGAGAGUCAAGCGGACACAAGCUCGACUGAGUGCAAUGGCUGCAUGUACGCUUGCUCAAGAAGGAUUACUUGACUUCAAAGACCUCAAGCUGUUCCGGUCUAGGGAAUACGAGGCUGACGAAGGCCCGUGGGAUCCGAUUACUGGCGCUUCGUCUGCCUUGAUCGGCACCAUGAGUACGAUGAUGCUAGGCGUUGCGGAUCUCCCAAUCGAGACACUGAAGGCCAUUGGUAUCCAUCCCGACGCAAAGGCCAAAAGAGAUAGCAAGAAGAAGGAGGGCAAAAAGCCAGUGGACUCUUCUGCCAGCUCUGUCAAAUCUGCGAACACUGGGAAGCAGUCUGAUGAGACUACUGCUACCGAUGAGACUACCACCACUUCAGACGCUUCUACGCCAUCUGGAACAAUGACUCCGAGAAGCAACACUGGUACCUCAAUGACAAGUGAGGCGCCAUCGCGACCCGAAGCCCGUACGACCUCCUCAUUCAACUUCCAAGAGUCUCUCGCUAAAUUGAACGCCGGGCCGCUAUCUCCUGGCUCACAAACAGCCGCUGGUAGUCGACCUCGUAGCCCACAAAGGUCAGGCACCAGCUUGAAGGACAUUGACUGGAAGUCGCAGUUUUCGACUGGCACGGACACAGCCAAAGGUGUACAACGAAUCGUUGGAGCUGGGCUGAAGUCGCCUCUUGACUUCACCAUGGGAUUGGCCAAAGGUUUCCACAACGCCCCCAAGCUUUACGGAGACAGUACUGUGCGGAAGACCGAGAGGGUGACCGACUUCCAAUCCGGCGUGAGAGUUGCCACCAAAGAGUUUGGCCUGGGUAUGUAUGAUGGCAUUACUGGUCUGGUCACGCAACCUUUGAAAGGCGCUGCAAAGGAUGGCCCUGCUGGGUUCAUCAAAGGCAUCGGCAAGGGCAUUGGCGGCAUCGUGCUCAAGCCUCAGGCUGCCGUCUUUGCGAUUCCCGGUUACACCAUGAUGGGUAUCUACAAGGAGAUUCAGAGCCAAUCUGGCUCGAGCGUACAGAACUACAUCAUUGCAGCCCGAACAGCACAAGGUUUUGACGAGUAUCAGAGCGCUUCCCAGGAAGAGCGUCGGGACGUUGUGAUGCGAUGGGGAGUUCUGCAGAAGAAUCUCAAGAAGAAACGUAAUGCAGACGAAAUGGUGAAAGAGAUUCUCAAAGAACAGAUGGACAAGAAGGAGAAUUGGCUGGGAGCACUCAAGGUCAAAAAGGAUAUGAGCAGUCUCAGCAAGACUUCAAGCAAUGUCAGCAAACGCGAUCCUGAGGAGUCUAUGCUUGCCAUGGGCACCAAUCGGGCCUACACAAUGGAGUCUGAUGAAGAAGCGGAAAAGCGAGCCAUUGAAGAGGCCAUAAGACUGUCUGUUCUGGAAACAUCACACGGCGACCCAACCGAAGAUGCUCGCGUCGCACAAGGCAUCAGAAGCAAACUGGCUACAGUGCAGCGUCACCAUCAUGUUUCGCACAUCGAUCCCUCGGAAGACGCAGCGUUACGUCAAGCCCUGGAAGCGAGCACAGCGGAUGCACAGCGCAGCCAGCAAGAACGCAGCCAGUACGACGACGAGCUCGAACAGGUCAUUGCGCAAAGUCUGAGAGAGCAGAGAGGCUGGCUGGAUAGCGACAGCGAUGUUGGCCUGCACAGUCCCACCGUCUCGGAAUACACUCUGGCGCUGGCAGACCAACCUCCUGCGUAUGAUUCCGUUCACGUGGAAGGCACCACCACGCCACAUGCAUUUGAGCGUGCAGAGCAAAACUCUCGCACGGAUGAAAAGACGCAGCAGGAGAAGACGGAGGAGCAGAUUGUGCUCGAGUAUAUCAAGAAGCAGAGUCUGCUCGAGGAGAGGGCAAGAGAAACUUCUUCACAGAGCGUGGUGGGAAUGAAUGAUGAUGAUGAUGAUGAAGAUGACGAGGAAUUGCAGAGGGCGCUCAAGGCAAGCAUGGAAGGGCUGGGACAUGGACAGUAUGGCGAAGCGUCAGGAUCUUGAGCUAGCUAGCGUGUGUUGUGCAGAUGGAUUGGAAUGAUUCAUGAUAGAUAUCUAGAUACCCAUGCCCUAUGAUCAAGAAGUACUCACUCAUUCAAUAAGUAAGGUAGAUUUGAAGGUGCUACCUGUUACUACCAACACACUCACUACUCAUACUAGUAGUAAUCUGGUAUAUCAUGUGUUUACAUUCUGUCGCUCAUUUGACGCUGUGAAACACCCGGACGAACUACUGCUGCUCCUGCUGCUGAUGUUGCUGAGACCGACGAUCGCGGUCGUGAAAAAUUGUGCAAAGUGCCAGCCACAGGAGCCGAUCGUGUGGUGGUGGCGCUCCACUCGGCCUGAUCUCCCGAUGGUGGUGGUGGUGAGCGACUUUCACGCGGAGAUGCAACUGCGGGAGGUGGAGUCGAUGUCGCCGUCGCCGUGGCUGCUUGAACGGACAAUGAUGGAACCUGCGAAGAAAUUUGUUUUGGAGAAGAAAAGGACGACGACGAUGAUGAGGAAGAGGCAACAGGGAGACGCAGUCCGGGAUAAAAGGUGCAGGUUCGGUCAUGAAGCCCGCCAGUACAGAGACACUGACCUUGCGCGGGCGAGCCCUGGAGCUCUGAAGGCGCGUGGGUAUGGUUCGCAGGAGAAGGAGCAGCAGCAGAGGACGGACCAGAGAGAGAAGAGGAUGUAGACGCGGGUAGAAGUGAGAUGGUAGGAUAUGAGUUGAGUGGCUGUUGCUGCUGCUGCUCCUGCUGCGCGAAUCGCUGUCUCGUGUCAUGCUGUUGUUGUUCAUGUUGAAGGUCUCCAGGGUGAAAGAAGAAACAGUGUGAUAAAUGACUAGUUCCUGGACACGUACACGUGUAAUCGAGCUCACGACUCUGGCUGAUGGUUGUUGUUACUGUUCACUAUGCUUUCAGUAGUAGGAGCACCGUUCGAGGACGAGGACGAGACUGAUCCCAGAGCUGAUUGCAGUCUCAUUUCCAACUCGGUCGCCUUUUUGAUGAUUUUGUCAUGCACUUCUUGGUGACUGGUUUGCAAGUUGCGCUUCACGAACGCGCCCAUAAACAUAUUACACCGCAGAUCGAUUUCUUCCUUGAUAUACAAGCCCUCUCGCGGCUUAUCGACUCCCAGCUCCGACGACUCGCGCGGCUCGCCAGGCAUAUUCCCGCCGAUACUCCACUUGCUUCGAAUGUCUACGCCCGCGGGAGCGAAGACGUGCGUUUGCAAGCCGUUUUGCAGGUUGUAAAAGCAUGCUUUGUAGGAGACUUCGCCCUUGUAGAGGCCGCCCGGCAGAUAGCUGAUCAGGUCGGUGAUGGAGUACCACGUCCCCAGCUCAGCUUCAUCUUUGGUCGCAUCGGGGGGCGCAUCAGUGGCUUCCUGACGGAUGACGAGCGGGUUCAGCUGGAUCAUGGCGACAUGGUCGUGGAGGCGCGUGAUGGCGGUGUCGCGCGAGAUGCCCGGCGGUAUAGGCGUGAUGUGGGUGAAGAGAGAGCGACCCAUGGUCCGUCCGGUCCGUGUCC